AACACAUAAAGGGACAUAUUAAAAAUGCAUGACACAUUGUUUGUAACAUAGUAUUCGUAACUAAACGAUAUUCCUAUUGUGUGAACUCGGUAAAAUGACGGGUAAAUAGUCAAUGCAAUAGGCUUAGUCGCUUACAUCGUGUUAUUUUUCGUAAAACGCUUGCUGUACACAAAACACUGUUCCUCGUGCGCACGAUAUACAUGCGAACGGAAUGUUUGAAGUUACCAAGAACAGUUAUGUCGUGUAAAACUGAUUUACAUACUGAUUUAUUUAGUUUAAGUGUGUGCAUAUAAUCUCUUUUUGAAUCAACUGGAUACUUAUACAUUUGGCAAUAAUGCCGUGCGGAUCUCUGUGAGGACUCGGAUAUUACAUCAUACCCCGGUAAGCCUGUGAGGGAACGGAUGUACCAUGUGACGUCACGAUGUCGGUAAGAAGUUCCAGCGCGCUGCCAGUUUCGACAGAAGCAGCCAUCUCUGUCAACUCGUAUGCAGAUGUGGCAGACCCUAUGAAGUCCUCAAAGUCCUUUGACCACCAGCUUCUGUGGAUAGUGCUAUGCAUCCUAGGCCUCACUCUGGGUUUAGCCAUCGCCACUGGAUGCUAUAUAUGGGAAAGAAAACAUUUGCCAGAAAAAGUGACGAUAAGAAGACUCAGAAAAUCUACCAUAAGAAAAAAAUCAGUGGAAAAGGAGGUAAAAGCUUUACGACAACAGCCCAUACAAGUGCACGAGUUUGUCAAUAAAUUGCACCAGAAAAAACUUGACAUGUACCUCAACUUUGAAGUGCGGGCUAUUGUACACCACCAAGUUGAGUACCCUUGCACCAUAGCCAUUCAACCAGAAAACUUCAGCAGUAAUGUAACACAGGAUGUGGUGCCUUAUGACCAUUCCCUGGUGAAAAUCGAGGGCUUUUCACUCACUAAAGAGGAAAUGUACAUAAAUGCCAGUUACAUACAGGGUUAUAGCACACACAAGGGUUAUAUAGCUACACAAGGGCCUCGUGGCAACACUGUGGCCGCAUUUUGGCAGAUGGUAUGGCAGCAAGAUGUACACGUUAUCGUCAUGGCCACAGGACUAUUUGAACAUGCAGUGCAACAGUGUGAGAAGUACUGGGGCAGUGUGCGGAGUGCAGACAAGUACGUGCGCUACGGGGACAUGCACAUCCAUCUAACUGACACCCGUCAGCUUGCCAAACUCACCAUCAGAACAUUCCAGAUCUUUCCAGAGGGCAGUGACCUUACACGGACGAUCCAACACUUUGAGAUGGCAGGGUUCACUGAUGAUGGUGCAGAGCCCGGUUUCCUGCUCGAGGUGCGGCGCAGGGUGAACCAUGCCCUGGACCAGGUACCAGGACCACUCCUGGUUCACUGCAGAUGUGGCGGCAGCAGGACAGCCACAUACAUCGCCAUUGACUACUGCAUCAGACAGCUGGAACAGGAAAAUUUUGUGGACAUUUUCAGCACUGUUCUGCAUCUUCGUAAAUUUCGCACUAACAUGAUUAGGACUCUGUCCCAGUAUCGUCUGAUCUAUGACACUGUCGCCCUCUACAUUCAAGUACGUUCCACUGUGAUACCAUGUGCCAUACUACCCACAACAACUCAAACAAUGUCUAUCACCGACCCACAAACCAACACCAACGGAUACCAGAAAGAGUUUCAGUUGCUAGACAAAGUUGUGCCAAAAAUUUCUAUUGGAGAAUGCGCCAGUGGUCAUCGUGAAGAGAACAGAAAGAAAAGUCGGGACAUCAUGAUGCUGCCUCCGGAGAGGGCAAGGCCAUAUCUGCAGACAAUAGAGAUGUCAGAAUCUGGGACUGACUUCAUCAACGCUGUCCUCGUUGACGGCUUUCAUCAAGAAAGCAGCUACAUAGUGACCCAGUGGCCAAUGGACGGGACCUUGAACGACAUCUGGAGGCUGCUAUUCGACUACAAGAUCAACACCCUCAUUGUGCUGCAUGAAAAUAAAACCACUCGGAGCACUCCAUGUUUCUGGCCCAAAGUGCUUGAUCAGGAGAUACGCUAUGGACCAAUCGGUGUGAAGUACUUAGGCUGUCAGAAGUACCCUCACAUCGUGAUACGAGCUUUCGCAAUACAAAAGAGAAGCAUAGGGAUGCUGGAUGUGCUUCAUGGAACUGGGCGAAGGGAGCCAAUUGUGGUGAAGAUGUUCCAGUUCACAGGCUGGCAUGCCCGAGAUCAGACCCCGACCCCUACCAAGGCCUUUCUGUACAUGAUGGGUGCCAUCAGAGACUGGAGAGGAACCACUACCUCCAGCAAACCUGUCUGUAUCAUGUCCAAAGAUGGAUUCACGCGCUGUGGGGUGUACUGUACAUUGGCUUAUUGCUGGGAUCAGCUGGAGAUGGAAGCAGAAGUAGAUGUCUUCAAUGCAGCACGCAUCAUCAAACGGAACAGACCUCAAAUGCUUAGCACCAUGGCCGAGUAUAUGUACUGCUACUCCUACCUGACCUUGGCUGUUCAGCUGAAGAAGGAAGCCCUGCCCAGCGUCAUUCUCACAGUGCCACCUGUGAUAGAGGCAGAAAUAGCUGAGGGCUAUGAACUCCUCACCGGAUUUCAGAACAUCAUGAGUAGUCAGACCUCACUCACAGACUGCCAUAAUCAGGGCCCAAACGGGACCUGUGGUGUUUCUAAUGGAGGUCAUCGUGAGUUGCUAAGUAACCAGAUUGACCUUGACCUUGAUACUGGGAUUAAGAACAAUGUGAGAAAUGGUUUGACCUCCAGUGCUCAGCUGAACCGGAAGUUGUCUGCCCCUAAAACUCAGGGACGCAUACACAAUCGCGAUAAACCAGUAGUUCAAAGUGAUAGUAAACCAGUCUUACACAACAAGAAAGACAAUUUACAACCAGUCAGUAAACAGAUGGCUUACAGUCCUUGUUGAUUUGACAAUCUUUGAAUCAACAAAAUGCUCAAGAUCUAGUUGACCAUAUUAUAUUAAGUUUAAUUACUUCAAUAACUUAAUAUCUGCAGUGCAAAAUUUAGCCAAUUUGAAUGAGCUGUUGAAAGAAGGUGAUACAAAUUGUAGUAAUUUUUAAUGUUCUGAUUAAUGUUUUGUUUUCUUUCUAAUAAUUUAGAUUUAGUGUUUAUAUUGUUAUUGUAGCAUUUCAAAUUUUAUUAUAAGCCCAAAUUUGUAGCCAUAACAUUGUGUCAUAUCAUUUUGUUCAGUCAUUUCCAUGUUUUUGCUCAUGUUUUUUAAGCUCAUGCUCAAUUGCUCAUAUUACAGUUUUGAGACUUCUACCAGUAAUAUAAAUAUAAAAAAUUGUGUGUGGCAAGGCAUCUAUCUCUAUUUAGAAAUUAUCCCUAUAUUAUACAUUUUUGAUCCUCGUGAAGAAAACAUUCACGGGAGGAUAUAGUGGACACUUUACCGGGUAUAUGUCCCACUGUUUUGUUUCUGGGAGGUUUCUGGUACUCCUGGCUGAAAUUCCAACAAACCUUUGUUAGAAGCUUGGUUGCCAAUUAGAGAUUGGUACUUAGUAAAAAGAAAAUUACAUUAUGGGCUUGUUCUGAAAAUAUUAUAUAAUGCUCAAUAUUUAAAAUCUCUUGCAUUGGCUAUUUCUCAUAUGUACUUCUGGAUAAAUUCUAUUGUUCAAAGAGAGUUUUAAUUCAUUCAGUGCUAGAACCGAGUUUUGAAGGCCUUUGCAAACAGUUUGGAUCCAGAUGAGAUACCACAAAGACGUGGCGUCUUAUCAGGAUCCAAACUGUUUGCUAUUCUGAUAGUAUUCUUUGAAAAAAAAUCGAAGAAAAUGCUAAUUUUAGAAAUUCAGCAGACUACAUUUAACAGACGACAAAUUUCUCUAGCAUGCAAAGGGUUAAAACUAGGUCAGGUGAAGAUUCUGAUAAAAGAUCAGUGACUUAUGCUACUUGGAUGACUUCUGAAGCGAGUUUUUAGUACAUUUCUGUCAAGACUGUUUUACAGGGUAUGUCUGUAUAUGACAAUAUGGAAAUUGUCAAUAUAAGCCUUGUUCUUGAGAAACUGGGCUUAAUGUGUGCAUCAAGUGUUGUCCCAGAUUGGCCUAAUCAGUCUAACCAGGGGCAACACUUUCUGCUUUUUAUUUUUUGUUUGUUUGAAGGCUGUCUCUUCUGAACAGUCCUGAGUAAAGUGUCUGCCCUUUUAGCCUGUGUUGACUGCACAGGAUAAUCUGGGAUGACACUUUUAGCACAUGCAUGAAGUCCAUUUUUCCCAGAAAGAGGGGGAUCUGAUGGAAGGCUAGAAGAUAUAUGCAACCCAUGCGAAAGACAUUUGAUAAUAUUUACAAAACUGUUUGACCUCGUGUCCAACAAAAAACAACAACAACUUCAUCUAAAACUUUGAUGAAAAAUGAACACAAAACAAUGAACAUGUAAAAAAAACAACAGACUGGUUGAUGUUUAUUUUACUUCAAUAGAUUAUUUAACUUUAAAAUAAAACUGAUUUUAUCAACCAGUCAAAUUGACUCUUUUUGCUGGUGAUAUAACAAACUCCUAGUGCAAUUCUAAGAACCAGUCAAUAUUGCACCUUGUUUUGUGAUGUAGGCGAUCCAACAAAUUUUUGAGUGGUUGCAAUGGAAUUUUUGAGUGGUAGAUCUAUUAAAAAAUAUGAAAUUUCUUAGUGGUGUCACAAAAUUAUAGCUCCCACUAAAUUUGUUUAUAGAAAGUAAAGUCGGAUAUAAAGCCAAUAUUUAUAGGAAAUAAACGCUUAUCAGGUUCUUACUGAUAUUGCUGGAAAAUAAGGGUCAUUAAAAAAUGAAACACUAGUAAUAUAGGGUAUAAAACAGCGAAAAAAUACCUGUUGCGGCACGGAUGUUGCCAUCUUGUUUAUGACGUGAUAACACCCUCUGAGAGUAUUUAUGUUUUAUAUAGCCGUUGAAAAUAACUUGUAAAAUAUCACAAUGCUGUCUUAUCUUUAAACUGAAAGUUUUACCAUAUGUUUUUAUACAACAGAGUUCAAGUAAGUUAUUUUUUGUAUUCACACUUACUUAACAUUGUUAAUGGCAUGAUGAUAAAAAUAAACUCUACCAAAGUUUUUUCUAUUUUUUGUUGAAGUAGAAGAAAGCGGUCCGGUAAAAUCUGGUGAGGUCCUGUAAAUUAUUGGACCUCAUGUCCAGUAAGAUUGUUUUGUCUUUCGCAUUGGUUGGACACGUUUGCAGAAUAAGGGUGCUUGAAUUAUUAAAAAUGUUUCACAUCUAAUCGUCUAGUACCUAGUUUGAAAUUCAGUAACUUCACAUAACUCAGUGGGAUAAAUAACUAUACUGAAUGCAUCAAUGUCUGUUCACCCACUUUAUCUAAUAAAUAACAAUGCCAACACAUAUCAAAUUAAUUAUACAUUUGUGUAUGGUAUUUUGUGGCAUGUUUAAAAUCAGUUUUAAUGAAAUAUUUAGUCCUUUGAUUCUACUUAUUUAAAGACAAGGUUCAUCCCUGUCUCAGUGCAUUUAUUUUGCUUGACAAAUCAAAUUUAGCAACAUUUAUCAGACAUCGAAUAUACAAAUUUUAUGCCUAAAUUGAAUAUUCAAAACAGACAAAAAAUGAAUGUUCAAUAUUGUAUUUCUCUUGUAGUUUUUCAAACAUUUAAAUAGAUGUGUCUGUAGUUCAAAGUUUAGAAAAUUCCCUUUUUGACACCGUACGUAUAGUGUGUACUAGAAAGACAUUGUUGCGAUGUAAAUGUGGACUUUAUUUUUUCACAUGAAAUGUCCUCAAGGUACCAUGUUGACAAAAUUCUGUCUUUUGCAUAAUCAGCUGAUAAAUUUAGUGUUUGGAUUAGUUCACUGUUUAACCAGAAUUGCACAUAUUUUAAUUUCCAAUUGGGAAUACUUUCUGUUAAGGCGACCGAAAGACAUGAAGUCUAUGCAAAAUACUGUAACUAGAUAUACUAGAUGAUGGGUUGUAAUAUAAGACUGAUGCUCAAUGUGUACUUGCAGUUGAACAAAGUACUUAAAGCUCAAGUCCGAAAAUAUGGAACAAAACAUCUUUGCAGAUAUCAUUUUCAAUGGACAUCUUACCAGUCAACAAACAAAAAAUACACAUGAAAUUGUUUGAACCAUGAUACUUGGGUAUUUUAUAAAUUGAGUACUUUCUCAAAUAGCAAAAGUGUGUAAAUGCCUCUGGUAAGAACACUAUGAUUGUACCUGAUGUUAAGCAAAGUAUAUUAUAUUCCAUUGAAUGCCCAUGCUCUUUUAAACAGAAACUUGACAAAAUGAAUUUUAUACAAUAGAGCAAAAUUUCUGUGAAAUCAACAUAGUUUUCUUGCAUUAUAUAGUUCUGAUGUUGUUAUGCAUUGAAUUUGGUUGGCAGGAGCUUUAAGUACUUUAGAGUGACAUUCAUGUAUUUCAGAUAUUGUACAAAUCAUCCAUUCAUGACUGAUCAUGUGGUCAAUUAUUCAAACUUAACUUCAAAUUAGAAUUAUAUUGUAAAUUUCCAUAAAUAAAUAAAUAUAUAUAUAUAAUAUAAUAAUAAUACAAGUUAUGCAUGUUAUUUGCAUGUUUGUUAUUUACAUGUGUUUUAAUAAUUAUUAUACAUUUACCAAAUAGUGUUUCACCUUUCUCAAUGUUACAUGUUUUGCUAUUAAAUGUAUUUCACAGUUGUUUGUUACAAAAGUUGAUUACUUCACCUUGUUCAAAAUAAAUUGUCCAUGCCCAAA